UGUGCAUUCUCUCCCAAAUCCAAUCAAAGGAAGAGACAGACGCAAUUCUCGUCGCAUCUCUGGUCUUUUGCAUUCCUACACCGUACAUCCAUCACCCCACCACGGGCUCAUUCCGCGACUCCCCUCCAGAGGACCGUCUAUUGGCUGCUUGAGUCUUCUCACAAGACAAGAGCCGUUGAAUUCCUCGAAGCCCACUCGAGACCUUUUGCUUCCAUCGAGUCAGAUCUACGACAGCACAAGUGCAUCGAUACACGGGCGCCAUACCUAGACCGCAGCCAUGAAGAAGAACGACGUCAUCGCUAUCAUCGUCAUCAUCUUGUUCCUGGUGCUGGCCGGUGUUGCCUUUGGCAUUGCGACUCUUGUGCACCAGUUCCGGAGGCAAACAGACGGCUCGCACAGUGGAAGCAGCGGCAGCAGCAG